UCAGAAAAUAUAAAAAUGAGUCGAAUUCUUUCUGCACGUGUAUACGAACCGAGGUCAAAUGUAAUUUGCAUGUAUCCGAUGCCACCAUCCUUUUCGGCGGAUCAAUACGAUUGCUUAAAACAACUGGGAAAGCCUCGAUUUAUUGGAUUUGAAUCUCUAUUUGCGUACGUUGAAUUCGAAAAAGAAGACGAAUCCAUCGUAAAACAACUAAUAUCCAAAGGUGGAAUGUACAUUCAAGACAAGGAAAUUCGAGUCUUAGGAUAUAUACCUAAACUCAGAAGUUGGGACAUUUUGAAUUACUUUGAACUAUUAUUACAACCCCCCGAUCAGGAUUCACCGAAAAAUAUUUUGAAUGCGCUAAAUGAUGAUUGUUUACGUGAAAUAAUGAAAAAAUUACACUUUACCACGCUAAAUUCGAUUGUGAAUGUUUGUUUACGUUUUGAUCGUGUUGGCAUGGAGGCAUUCUCAAACAAAUAUCUUCACAAAAAAAUCGAUAUUUUUGAUUUGGAAUAUAAUCGCCGCCCCACAAUGGCACAAAUCGAACAUUUUCUCAUCAAAUUUGGUUCAAGAAUUUCAUCAUUAUCAAUAUUAAACAGUCCAUCUAUUGCAAGUCAUAACGAGGCGGAAAGAGUUAGUCUAUUUGAAAUGUUUUGCCGAUACUGCAAGAAUCUGAAUAGCUUGGAACUCAGUUUGCUCUACAUAAGUAAUGAAACAUUGUACGAAAAUCGGCCAAUAUUUGAAAAAUUAAAGAAUCUACGCUUGUAUUUUGCUCCCUCAGCUAUUUUGGAUAUAAUAUCUGUUUGUUCUAAAUUGGAAACUUUAGAGAUACACACUUUUGAAGAAAUAGAUUAUGAUGACGUCUUCAAAAUGAAAUUAUCUGUUAUGCCACCAAAAAUCGGAUUACCGAAAUUAGUUGAAGCUCGUAUCAUACCGUAUAGAUCAAAUAAUCACUCAAUUGAUGCAGCGAUAAAUAGAUUCAUUGAACUAAAUACGAAAUUGAAAGUAUUAGAAAUUCCGGGAUGUUUUAACUUGGAUAUAAAUGUUUUAAGUGAACUCAGUGAACUAAAAGAAUUGAAAAUAAAUGACUCGAUUCAAAUGCAACCAACUUUAUUAAGAACACUAAGCUCGACAAACGUUCAAACGGAGAAUCUUGAACUAGAUUUGACAUACGAAAAUUUCACUUCUGAAUCACUGAAUAUCCUCGCAAAUAUAACGAAUCUUACAGGACUCACAAUCCGACUUCAUCGUAGAUUAACAAUCGAUAGUUUUAUCCGUUUGCUACAAAAGCUGCCGAAGAUGAAAACGCUUUACAUUAAAUUUGAAAAAGGAGACUAUAAAUACUUUAUCGAAAAUAAAACAUUUUUACAACACACAAAAUAUUUAUCGAAAUUAACACUCGAAUAUAAUCAUGUACACAGACGUUCAUUUCAAAAAUUCCCAAUCGAUGAAGUACAUUACAAUGAAUUUUUAGAAUUGGUUAAAAAUCGAAAUAACGGCAUAAAACUAACGAUGAAUUUCAUAUUCCGAGAUGGGUUCCAAGCAAUUCAUAUUUUAAACAUGGCCCCAGAUCUAUUAACUAUUGAACAGCGAUUUUAAACUUGAGAAUUAUAAAUAAACAAAUCACACGCACUUUUUAUUUUUGCGUAUGAAAAUAAAGCAAUAAGAAAUGAACGAAAAAAAAAAAUCAUACGCCCGUUCUAAUCAAACCUCCCACCAUUUUUCCCGAUUAACCACAAUUUAUCUGAUAACAAAUAAUUUGAAUCGAUUAUAUUUUCAAAAUUCAAUUACAUUCUCCCUGAAAAAAGAAAAUAAUCGAAACUCAGUUCUUAAACGAAUAAGAUUUCAUUUAAUUGAUUCACGUUUAUCGUACAAAAAAUUGAAUUUUAACCAGUUUUAAUAAGCAAUUUGUUGAAAAA